AUGCCUGGUGUCGCCAAAGAGGCCGUCGUGCCCAUCGAGGCCGUGCUCCUUGGGGUAUCGGCACUGCUGGUCCUAGCCCGUCUAACGCUUCGAACAAUACGACAACGUCAAAGCCUCACGAUCAGCGACUGGUUUCUAAUUGCCUCUCUACUCGAUGCCGCCGCUCUUUUUGGAACCGAUACGGCCGCGUAUAAUCUUGGAGGAAUGGACGAAUACGACCCGAAUGCGCCAGAACGAAGCAUUACAGAUCAAAUCACACUGAAGAAGGUUGCAUUUGCAGGAAACUACUUCUAUGACACUGGCAUCUACCUUCCGAAACUCGCCCUGUUGGCUCUUUACUUUAAGCUCAUUCCACAGACCUUACCGAUGUUGAGGAAAUUCCUUUAUGGUACGACGGCGAUGACGGGUACUUUCAUGAUCACAACUUGCUUCUUGGAUACUUUCUGGUGCGGCGCCAAUGUCUCGGUCAAUUGGGAGAUUGAUGGAGCAUGCAGCACGUUUGACUCCAAGGAUGUAUUCCGUAUUGACUGGGCUUUGAACUUUGUGUCUGAUCUACUUGUGUUUGCGCUGCCUUUCCCGCUUCUCUUUGGCCUUCAACUCAGCAGACGCUACAAAGUCGGUCUUGUUGCAAUUUUUGCAUCAGGCCUCAUCACUCUGGGCGCCAGUAUUGGCAGAUUUAUUACCAUCGAUACAAUCCACGCAUGGACCAAUGUUUACGUGCUUUCCAUGACGGAAAUCGCAGCAGCCAUUGUCGUGGUCUCGCUACCCGCGCUAAAAUCACUUCUUCACGGUCUUGGCCUACGAUCUACAAAACAAAACACCACACAGACAGGGUCAGGCUACCAUAAGCACCCGUCCACAGCAAGCUCUUCCAACCACUUCAACAAGUUAUCAAGCGGACGCGACCGCGGAGAGUUGUAUUCCACAACCGCCCGAGUGGCAGCGGUUACCGAAGAAGACUCGGGCAGUGAGGUGGAGUUGACGAAUAUGCAGGGCAUCUACAAGUCGGCCCGUGUAAGCGUGACCUACCAACGUCGAGAGGAUUUUGAAAGGCAGGGGAACGACCAAAAAGGCAAGGGGAAUGUAAAAUAG